AUGGGCGACGCAGUGGUGGGAAUUAUUGGUAUGGGCGACAUGGGCAAGAUGUACGCCAGGAGGAUCGCAGAUGCUGGCUGGAAAGUACAUGCUUGCGAUGUUCCUGACAAGUUCGAUGCCCUCAAGGCCGAGUUCGACAGCAGAAAAAAUGUCACCAUUUUCGAGAAUGGCCACCAGGUCUCACGCAGUAGUGACUGGAUCAUGUAUGCUGUGGAAGCCAAGAACAUGGACGCCGUGGUCGCGCGCUACGGGCCAAGCACUAAACUGGGCGCCAUUGUUGGUGGGCAGACGUCAACCAAAGCACCAGAGAUCGCUGCCUUUGAAAAGCAUUUGCCAGCGGAUGUCGAAAUUGUGUCCUGCCAUUCCAUGCAUGGUCCUGGUAUCCACCCAAAAGGUCAACCAUUGGUAAUUAUCAGACACCGCGCUACCGACCAGUCCCUACAGCUAGUUGAGAGUAUUCUUUCCUGCUUCGAGUCGAGAGUGGUUCCACUAUCUGCAGAAACACAUGAUAGAAUCACUGCUGACACGCAAGCCGUCACUCAUCUCGCCUUCCUCUCGAUGGGAACAGCAUGGCAAGCGAACAACCAGUUCCCAUGGGAGAUUCCAAGAUACAUUGGUGGCAUAGAAAAUGUCAAAAUCAAUCUCAUGAUGCGGAUUUACAACAACAAAUGGCACGUGUAUGCUGGACUUGCCAUCCUCAAUCCAGCAGCCAAAGCUCAGAUCCGACAGUAUGCUGAGAGCGUUACUGAGUUGUACAAACUCAUGCUUGCUGGCAACAGACAAGAACUCGCCGACAGAAUCUAUGCAGGUCAGCGCGCUAUCUUUGGCGAGAGGAGAAAAGAAGACGAAGAUCUGCUUCUGCAAGACGAGCUUCUUGACAGAUUCAGUCUUGGCGAGAAGCCAGCAAAGCCAGUCCGGAACAACCAUUUGAGUAUCUUGGCCAUCGUUGACUGUUGGUGGAAGUUGGGCAUCAGACCUUACGACCAUAUGAUAUGCUCAACACCACUCUUCCGUCUCUGGCUCGGUAUCACCGAGUACGUCUAUCGCAACGAUGCCCUGCUCGCCGAAUGCAUUGACACCGCCAUCGAGGAUACAUCAUUCCGCGCUGACGACCUGGAGUUCACGUUCGCCGCUCGUGACUGGAGUGAAAGAGUUUCACUUGGACAUAUGGAUGGCUACCGAGAGAAGUUCGAGAAGAUUCAGGGUUACUUUAGACCCAGAUUCAAGGAAGCGGGAGAGCUUGGAAACCAGAUGAUCAAGACUAUUGAGGAGAAUUUGAAUUCGAGAAAAGCAGGAAAGGCUGCUUCUUGA